CUUCGAGGGCGUUCUAAUGUCGAACCCGGGCUUCUGUAAUGUGCCUCCUCUGCUCCUCCUGGAGCGUAAGGACUGGGAACGCCGUUGUGUGGGUAAGAUCCGGACGAUCCUUGACGAGGUCUUUCGCGGUGACCGUGGUUAUAAUCUGCUCGAGCUUCCGAAUAGGUCGCGUAUGGUGGAGUGGGUACACGGCUGUCGUGUCUUACUACGGGACUCGUUUCUAUUAUGGGCAAUUCCAUGCGUUUGCUUUGUGUAUGUGGUGCAUAUGCCUGACUCGGAUGGUGUGGAGAUGGCAGUGGUGCGUGAAAAGAAGGCUGUCGGUGAUGACUGUAGUAGGGUUCAACACGUGGAGGUUGCGAGUGCUGUGCUCCGCUCCAUCCGUUCUGGUAAGGAGGUUGACUCGGUGCAGGCGAAGCGGAUGUGAGAAUGUCUUGCAGGCGGGGGAGAUUCUGAGAUUGCGGUCGAUACUCAGGCUGCACAGGUCCAGGCCCUUGGAAAGAAUCCGGUCGUCGCU